UUUCCUGUUCCAUUCUAUUCCUCCCGACCUCCUCCUCUCCUUCCACCUUUGGCUCCUGCAAACAAGCCUGGUACUAUCGCUGCCUUGGCCUCGACCCGUCUAUGUGAGCUUCCCGGCUCCUCUUCCCCCGCCACAAAGGAGGUCCACCGUCAGUGCUGUUUUCUUCGGUUAUUCCAUAAUCUCGUGAGAACAAUCAUGGACAAAGGGCAAGAAAAGAUGAAGAGGAAUGUGUCUGAGAAGUCACUACUGAUGCAAAAGCAUAGGAAGAAGAUUAGUAGUGAUGAUCAGAGGACACAUAAGAACAGGUUUCUGGCAAUUAUCAAUGUCCUUGGGAGUGCAGGACCAAUAAGGUUUGUGGUGAAGAAGGAUGAUCUGGUGUCAGGGGUGAUUCAGACUGCCUUGAAGACUUAUGACCGUGAAGGCCGUCUUCCGGUUCUCGGCACCGACGUCAACAACUUUGUUCUCCAUGCUGCUGCAGAUUCUGAUGCCUUGAUCCCAUCGGAAGCCAUAGGAUCUCAGGGAGGAAGGAACUUCGUGCUGUGCAAGAAGCAGAUUCAGCCACAGAUGACGGAAGCCAGAUCCGAGAUGAUAUCGCGCAAGAGAAGCGGGAGUUGGAAGGCGUGGCUCAACAAGAGCUUCAGUUUCAAAAUACCAUCCCCUUGAGAUGUCCCUAUCUCGUGUGUCCUGUGUCCCUCACGCAUAUUGCCCUAAACUUAAAUCAUUAUGUCUCCGGCCGUCAUCUGUCGAAUGAAUCAUCAAUGUCCUAACGCCAUAGGCGACCGGGGCACACGAACUGUUAGGAAAGCGCAUCCCGAUUUCAAGCUCUUGAUCUGUAUGAAGGAUCCACCAUAGAUGGCAUAUGUGUUUGCUUUUUUAUC